CGACAAGCGACAAACACCUUUCCAAACCUGUACGAACAUCGAGGCCACCCUCAAAGAGUCUGGUCUUCAGCAGAGCUUGAUACAGCCAGCCGGUUCAUUCAAGCGUCAAGUUGUCCCCGCUUUCCGGGACUCGUUCCCUGCCACCUCCUGACAAGGGUUCCACGCGGACGACCAAAUUCAGCUUCCAUAGUCUCCCAACCACGACAACACAGGUUUUCAGGAGACCGGCCGUGAGAGAGAGCACAGUGGCCUGCCAUGGCUUCGAAAGCCAUGUGGGAGGUUGAUCCAGAGACAAGGUCAAAGCUCCUUGCCAUCCAGAAGGAAUCAGGAAACUCACUCUGCUGCGACUGCAACGCCCCCUCGCCGCAAUGGGCCUCUCCGAAAUUCGGUAUCUUCAUCUGCCUGUCUUGCGCUGGCGUGCACCGCGGGCUGGGCGUGCACAUCUCCUUCGUCAGAUCCAUCUCUAUGGAUGCGUUCAAGCCUGUCGAGAUCGAGCGUAUGAGGCUGGGAGGAAACGAUAAUUGGAAGAAGUUCUUUGACGAGCAUGAGGAUACGCAGAUGAGAGGGCUCACAUGGGACGACGCCACAAUUGCAGAGAGAUACAACGGCGCUGCUGGUGAGGAAUGGAAGGAAAGACUGAGCGCCAAAGUUGAGGGCAAGGAAUAUGUCCCCGGCGAGAGGAAGAGUACACCUGCGCCGUCUACACUGCAGACAAAGGGUCUGGCGCCAGGAGGGAACGGUUCGAGGGCGGCGACGCCAUUGAGUGGCACGGCAAACAACAGGCCGCAAAGCCCCAGCACGGCGGGCGGGAAGGUCAAGGUGGAUGACAAGUAUUUUGAGAGCCUGGGCGCGACCAAUGCAUCGAGGCCAGAGGACCUGCCGCCGAACCAGGGCGGAAAAUACGCCGGGUUUGGCAACACGCCAGCCCCGAAGCAGGAGAAGGAGCUGCCUAAGCUCGAGGACCUGCAGAAGGAUCCCCUUGCGGCUAUCACCAAGGGCUUCGGGUGGUUUUCAUCCACUGUGACCAAGACUGCCACCUCUGUGAACAAGGAUUUCAUCCAGCCCACAACCAAGCAGCUUGGAGAGUCGGACUUCGCAGCUCAGGCCAGGACUUUU